UAAUGACCAAUGUGCGCGUAAAAAGAAGAGUACAUAACUUGUGGAAGAGUCGUAAUAUGAACGUUGGAUUGCUACGCACGUGCUUGACAAAUCAAAUUUAAUGUUUAAAUAGUGUCAUUACUUUGUACUGUUAUUUUUUACUAUCUCUUGAUAAUAAUAUUGAUUUUUUUUUUAUUAUGCUCUAUUAAAAACAUUUUUAACCAAUCAAAAUGGGUCGUGCAGUGAGAAAACUGUCAAAAAAGAGUAACAGGCCUCGAGCGAAGUCUAUGUUAACAUCGGCAGAGCUUGAAGUUCAACCUCUAUUAAGUUCAGAUAUAAGUAGAACUAGUCUAACUGAACAUGGAUUUAUAUUUAAAUAUGAUUCCGAAACUAGUGAUUUAGAAAAUAAUAAGGUUCCUACACAAACAAAGGCAAAUGAACUUUUGUAUCCAUACUACCUAAGGUCAUUUAGUUUAGACUACGACAUCAUAAAUAGGCCAAAAUUCUAUCGCAAAUUACAACCUUAUAUUCCCCUUGGCGAUACAAUAACAACAGAACCUUAUACACAGAGUAGUUUAGUUACCAUAUUUGCAAUAUGGAACACAAUAAUGGGAACUUCUUUGUUAGCCAUGCCAUGGGGUGUCGAGCGAUCGGGUCUCAUAAUGGGACUAGUACUCAUGUUUUUCAUCGCGGGUCUUUGUUUAUAUUCGGCAAACUGUAUUUUGAAUGUACAAGUACUACACGGAAAUGAAAAUGGCGAAGUCGCUCAACUUAGUAAAAAACUUUUGGGUCCUUGGGCCGCAGUUAUUGCUAAAUUAUUUUCAUUUGUGAUCUUGCUGGGUGCUAAUAUAUGCUACUGGAUAUUAAUGUCUAAUUUUUUGUACUAUUCAGUGAACUAUUUGCACGAUUUGCUGUUUGCGGGUGAUAACACGAUAGCUUUCGAAUUCAAUAGUACUAAUUUAUUGUGUCCCAGUAACGCCGAAUUCUUAAUUUCCGCAAACUCUCCCAGACCGUUUAGUCUUUAUGAAAAAAUUUGGGAUUUACAUAAAACGGUGCCAAUAUUUCUUGUGUUAAUUGUUGCUCCACUUUUAAAUUUUAAAUCAGCCACGUUUUUUACAAAAUUCAAUUCUUUAGGUACUCUGUCUGUGCUCUAUCUAUUUUUAUUUGUUGUGAUAAAAUCAUACAGUUGGGGUAUAAACCUAUCAACUCCCAUAGUAAAUGGUUUACCGGAUAUUUCAGAAUUAUAUAAAAAUACGUUUCCAGCUACAUCAGGAAUACUUACUCUUUCCCUAUUUAUCCAUAACAUAGUAAUAACAAUCAUGCGAAAUAAUGAGAAUCAAAAGCACAAUGGGCGUGAUUUAACAAUAGCAUAUAUGCUUGUUCUCAUUACAUAUCUAUUGAUUGGUAUAACAUUUUACGUAUGUUUUCCAUUGGCCAAAUCAUGUAUCGAAGACAACUUUCUAAAUAAUUUCCCCAGCACGGAUGUUUUCAGUAUUGUUGCACGAGUUUUUCUAUUCUUUCAACUUCUAACUGUCUACCCACUUAUAUCGUACAUGCUCAGAGUUCAAAUAUUUGCAGCUCUUGAGCUUUCAAUUUAUCCAAGUGUACUACAUGUUGUAGCGCUGAACUGUUUCGUCGUUUCCAUCUGCAUAUUGUUUGCUAUUUUCUUACCACACAUAGGAACAGUAAUAAGAUUUAGUGGAGCAAUUUGCGGUUUUGUAUAUAUUUAUACAUUACCCACAAUGUUACAUUUAGCGUCACAAAGAAGCCGAAAUCUUCUUUCUGCAGGAUCUGUUUUAUUUCAUGUAACGAUAUCAAUAAUAGGAUUAGCCAAUUUGAUUGCUCAAUUUUUCGUUUGAUAUUUGGUUUUCAAACAUUCAAUUAAACUCUAAUUUAUUGUAAAUCACAUUGAUUAUUAAUUAUUGUAUAUUACGUAUUUUCUAUCUCCCUCUCUAAUGUUUACGACAUAUAUUUUCUUCUUUUACUUAAUAUCUUUGACAGUGUUAUUGCUUUGUAGUAAUUUUACUGUAUUACUCUAAUA